ACAGGGUCAUGUCCAUCUCAAUGAACUACAGCUGUUCUAGUGGGGUGGUGGCAGUGACUUGGGAACAGGUGUUGGGAGCCAACUCCUACAGGGCGGAGGCUGUAGAUGUGAACGGGACGGCCCUGUCUUGCACCUCUGCCUCAAACACCUGUCAGAUCACCAUGUUGAACUGUGGAGAGAGAUACCUGAUCCAGGUCACUGCCAUCUCAUUCGACUGCCAGAGCACCUCCAACACAUCCACAUACUUUGAGACAGUGCCCUGCGUUCCCUCCCAGCUGGCGACGUACCGUGAGUGUUCCAGUAAUGCGAUCAUCUUCUCCUGGGCUCCCACCAAUAACACCAACUACUACGUAGCUACGUCUCUGGCUUCAGACGGACAGCUGGUGGUGUGUCGCACCAGGGACACAGAGUGCUUUUUCACCAACACCGUCUGCGGACACACCUACCAGUUCACCGUUUACGCCGUCAGUAGUUGCAACAGCAAAACCAGUCCCUCGAAGCACGUCCGGACCUCCCCCUGUAUCCCCCAGAAAAUAAAGACGUAUGCAGAGUGUCGGUCUGAUGUGUUGAUCACCACCUGGGACAAGACAGCAGGGGCUCUGUCCUACACAGUGGAGGCUCAGGGUAACAACGGAGACAGCUACAACUGCAGCUCCUUCACCAACAGCUGUGCUAUGCCUGGUGUGGCCUGUGGAGAGAGUCUGAGUGUGUGGAUCACUGCCUCAAAUGAUGACUGUACCACAGAGAAGGAGCUGGGAGAGGCAGCUAAGACUGUCCCUUGUACCCCUACCAACGUGUCAGCCUCUGUGGAAUGCAGCCCCAACUCUGCCCUUAUGAACUGGACGGUGAGCAAAGGGGCAGUGUUCUACAUCGCCAUGGCACAGCACGCAGACGGCACGGUGCGAUCCUGCCACUCCAUGGGCCCUAACUGUCUCAUACAGGGCUUAAACUGCGGCAAAACCUACACCGCCAGCGUCAUAGCAACCGACACGACGUGCAACAGCUCCCAGAGCCAACUGGUCACUGUAGAAACUGGUGCCUGUCCCCCCACCAAUGUCACAACGUCUCUGCAGUGUGAUGGCAACAUGGGCACUGUCUCCUGGACGGCCGUUACCAGGGCGGACAUGUACCUAGCAACAGCCACAGGUGACGACGGACACACCCACACCUGCAGCUCCAACUCCACCGACUGUUCCUUCACCGACCUGCACUGCGCCGAGACCUACGCUGUCACUGUGGUUACCAUGGACAGGGGCUGCCGUAGCGACCCCAGCCCUGACGUUGAACUCAGAACAGGUGCCUGUCCCCCCACCAAUGUCACAACGUCUCUGCAGUGUGAUGGCAACAUGGGCACUGUCUCCUGGACGGCCGUUGCCAGGGCGGACAUGUACCUAGCAACCGCCACAGGUGACGACGGACACACCCACACCUGCAGCUCCAACUCCACCGACUGUUCCUUCACCGACCUGCACUGCGCCGAGACCUACGCUGUCACCGUGGUUACCAUGGACAGGGGCUGCCGUAGCGACCCCAGCCCUGACGUUGAACUCAGAACAGGUGCCUGUCCCCCCACCAAUGUCACAACGUCUCUGCAGUGUGAUGGCAACAUGGGCACUGUCUCCUGGACGGCCGUUGCCAGGGCGGACAUGUACCUAGCAACCGCCACAGGUGACGACGGACACACCCACACCUGCAGCUCCAACUCCACCGACUGUUCCUUCAUCGACCUGCACUGCGCCGAGACCUACGCUGUCACCGUGGUUACCAUGGACAGGGGCUGCCGUAGCGACCCCAGCCCUGACGUUGAACUCAGAACAGGUGCCUGUCCCCCCACCAAUGUCACAACGUCUCUGCAGUGUGAUGGCAACAUGGGCACUGUCUCCUGGACGGCCGUUGCCAGGGCGGACAUGUACCUAGCAACCGCCACAGGUGACGACGGACACACCCACACCUGCAGCUCCAACUCCACCGACUGUUCCUUCACCGACCUGCACUGCGCCGAGACCUACGCUGUCACUGUGGUUACCAUGGACAGGGGCUGCCGUAGCGACCCCAGCCCUGACGUUGAACUCAGAACAGGUGCCUGUCCCCCCACCAAUGUCACAACGUCUCUGCAGUGUGAUGGCAACAUGGGCACUGUCUCCUGGACGGCCGUUGCCAGGGCGGACAUGUACCUAGCAACCGCCACAGGUGACGACGGACACACCCACACCUGCAGCUCCAACUCCAACGACUGUUCCUUCACCGACCUGCACUGCGCCGAGACCUACGCUGUCACUGUGGUUACCAUGGACAGGGGCUGCCGUAGCGACCCCAGCCCUGACGUUGAACUCAGAACAGGUGCCUGUCCCCCCACCAAUGUCACAACGUCUCUGCAGUGUGAUGGCAACAUGGGCACUGUCUCCUGGACGGCCGCUGCCAGGGCGGACAUGUACCUAGCAACCGCCACAGGUGACGACGGACACACCCACACCUGCAGCUCCAACUCCACCGACUGUUCCUUCACCGACCUGCACUGCGCCGAGACCUACGCUGUCACCGUGGUUACCAUGGACAGGGGCUGCUAUAGCGACCCCAGCCCUGACGUUGAACUCAGAACAGGUGCCUGUCCCCCCACCAAUGUCACAACGUCUCUGCAGUGUGAUGGCAACAUGGGCACUGUCUCUUGGGCCUCCGUUGCCAGGGCGGACAUGUACCUAGCAACCGCCACAGGUGACGACGGACACAACCACACCUGCAGCUCCAACUCCACCGACUGUUCCUUCACCGACCUGCACUGCACCGAGACCUACGCUGUCACCGUGGUUACCAUGGACAGGGGCUGCUAUAGCGACCCCAGCCCUGACGUUGAACUCAGAACAGGUGCCUGUCCCCCCACCAAUGUCACAACGUCUCUGCAGUGUGAUGGCAACAUGGGCACUGUCUCCUGGACGGCCGUUGCCAGGGCGGACAUGUACCUAGCAACCGCCACAGGUGACGACGGACACACCCACACCUGCAGCUCCAACUCCACCGACUGUUCCUUCACCGACCUGCACUGCGCCGAGACCUACGCUGUCACUGUGGUUACCAUGGACAGGGGCUGCUAUAGCGACCCCAGCCCUGACGUUGAACUCAGAACAGGUGCCUGUCCCCCCACCAAUGUCACAACGUCUCUGCAGUGUGAUGGCAACAUGGGCACUGUCUCCUGGACGGCCGUUGCCAGGGCGGACAUGUACCUAGCAACAGCCACAGGUGACGACGGACACACCCACACCUGCAGCUCCAACUCCACCAACUGUUCCUUCACCGACCUGCACUGCGCCGAGACCUACGCUGUCACCGUGGUUACCAUGGACAGGGUCUGCCAUAGCGACCCCAGCCUUGACGUUGAACUCAGAACAGGGCCCUGUGCUCCUGGUAACCUGCAGACUAGCCUCCAGUGCAGCACCAACUCUACCUCAGUGACCUGGGACAGAGGCAGUAGAGCACUGUCCUAUAUGGUUGUAGGAGAGGCUACCAACAGCCACAUUACCUCCUGUAACUCUAGCGCCACCUACUGUGAUCUGGAGGGAUUGCAGUGUGGCCAGAUGUACAACGUCUCAGUCCACUCUAUGGAUGGAGUCUGUCGGAGCAUUCAGAGUGUCAGCUCAGACGUGCAAACGGCCCCCUGCCCGCCCCAGAAUGUGGCUGCCCAGGUGCACUGUGCCUCAGGCAUCAUGUUGGUGACCUGGGAACCCAACCUGGAUGCCUGGUUUUUCCUGGUGGAUGCAGUGACAGAGGGAGGGAGCAGCCACUCCUGUAACACUACAGACACCCAGUGCUCCAUCACCAGUCUUCCCUGUGGAGAGAGCUUCUCUGUCCAGGUCACCGCUGCCAGAAGAGGCUGCCACAGCAUGCCAAGUCAGGCUCUCAACGUCUCAUCAGCCCCAUGCAUCCCCACGAGGGUGAACGGUAGCCAGAACUGUGUGACCAACUCUGCCUGGGUGUCCUGGGCCCCUGCUCUGGGGGUGGACAGAUACAUGGUGACUGCUGAUGGCGUGGGGGGGUUCAACUCCUCCUGCUCCAUCCCCGGCUUUGACACCACCUGUGAGGUGCCUGACCUGGCCUGCGGCGUGCUCUACACCUUCUCUGUUACUGCUAGCAACGGACACUGUGAUAGUACACCCAGUGCGACCUUCGAACUCGAGACAGCUCCCUGCACCCUGGCAAGCAUCACCGCCUUCGCCCAGUGUCACAACUCCUCCAUCCGGGUCCUGUGGGAGCCCAUGGAGGGCAGCGUGGGAAACUCUGUGUACACCGCCACAGCGGAGGCCAGUGACCGCAGCGUGCUGACCUGCAACAGCUCUGCCAGCAGCUGUGACCUGGAGGGGGCGCUCUGCGGUCUGCACUACACCGUCAUCGUAGCAGCAUCAUCAGACUGCUGCACCAGUCAGAGAAGUCCUCCUUAUAGGAUCAGCAUGGAACCCUGCCCACCCCAGGGUGUGGUCAUCAGCUCCUCCUGUGAGUCCCAUGGAGCGCACGUGUCCUGGACCGCGUCCCCUGUGGCUGAGACCUACCUCAUGAUCGCAACGGGUGGAAAUGGUGACGUGCGGUCCUGCAACACGACCGCCAGCAACUGCUCCCUGUCUGCGCUGCAGUGUGGUCAGCAGUAUGCCGUCUCUGUGACCGCUAGCCACGAGAACUGCUCCAGUAUGGCCAGCCGGAACGUCACGUUCAAUACGGUGCCCUGCCAGCCAGACGGUCUGUCCGUGUUGGUCCAGUGUGUCAACCACUCUGCGCUGCUAUCGUGGACAGUCAGAGGUGGUGUUGUGGACUACUGGGGCUGUGCCCAGGCUGAGGAUGGCAUCAUGCUUUACUGUGAGAGCACAGGGACCUCCUGUACCAUCACAGGGCUGGAGUGUGGUGCCCAGUACAACUUCUCUGUUCAGGCAUCAGACGGGACCUGCAACAGCUCCUUUAGUGAGCCUCUGCUGGCUGGAGCAGCUCCCUGUCCCCCAGAGACCAUGGCAGUGACCAUGUUCCCCAUGCAGAACCAGACCCAGUUUUUGCGUGCUUCCUGGACCCAUGUGAACUGUCCCAUCGUCCAAUACCUGCUGGAGGUGACCGGGAGCAUCCUGGGAGACAGCCAAUCCCUGUUCGAGCUGUCUUCCUAUUGGACCAGCUCCAGCUUCUUUGAGCUGCUCCUCCCCUGUGGCUCGUCCUAUAGCGCGACAGUGAGGAGCAGGAACUUUGCAGGCGACAGCGCCCCCUCUGCGGCCAUCACUGGAAUCACAGGGUACCUUCUUCAGGGUGCCUUCUUCAGGGUGCCUUCUUCAGGGUUUCUUCUUCAGGGUGUCUUCUUCGGGAUGCCUUCUUCAGGGUGCCUUGUUCAGGGUGCCUUCUUCAGGCAUUCCGUGUCUCUAACCUCUUGCCCUCCACCGGUGGUGACCUACAGUGGUUCCAACUCCUCGGCCACCAUCUCGUGGAAUGGUUCUGUCUACGCCACCAUGUAUACAGUGUAUGACAUCAGUGGCGUGGUGCGGACCCAGGUGUGCAGCACGGUACAGCUGUCCUGUUCCCUGGCCAACCUGGACUACAACAACCUGGAGGUUACCGCUAGCAACACUGCCGGGGAGAGCGACCCCACCAGGGAAAUAACAGUGCAUCACUUGAAAAGGAGAGAUCUCAGUGAAGAAGAGAUGAUCUCAGAGAAGGGUCUGUCCAUGCCCGAGGUGCAGGUCACCGUGGAAACCCUAAACGUCCUCCUAGUGGAGUGGUCCCGCGUGAAGGGGGCGGCCUACUACACCCUGGUGGUCCGAGAGCAGAGUUCUCACCCCCGCUACGCCAGCCGCUCCCAGAUACUGACCGUGUACGGCGAGAGCUCCAUCGUCACUGACCUCAACCCUUCCUCCACUUACUGCCUAUCUGUGUCUGCCCAGACAGAGGCCAGCAAGGGGCCCGACUCAGAGCCUGUGUGUGUGGAGACUGUGGCACCUGCAGUCAAGAUGUGAAGGGGGGUUCUGGACUGAAGAAAAGAAGUAGAGCCAUGAAUGUAUCUGAAUAUAAGGCUCUAAUCAUGGGUAUCACAGAACGAGAAUGUAAUACAGUCUCUGGAUCUUUUGGUGCCAACAUGGGCACGGCAACCCACAAGCAAUUGUUCAAUCUCAAAUCAGUCUGCUUUACUCUGUAAAACUAAGGUCUCCUUUGGGAAAGUGGUCUUCUAACUUCCUGGUUAAACGUAAAAGCGACAGUAUGGCUCUGGUCGGCGUUACAGGGCCGAUGGUAGUAUGUAUUGUAUUGUCACUGCAGACAGCUGAAUGCUAUAGCUCAGUGUUUCCCAACUCGUCUUCCAGUACCUCCAGCAGUACACGUUGGCGUUCUAGCCCUCGACAAAUGCACCUUAUUCCUUGCGGGAUUUAUGAUUAGUUGACAAGUUGAUUCGGGUGUGCUUGUCCAGGGUAACAAUACAAAUGUGUUCUGUUGGUUGUACUGGAGUUUCAGGGUUGGGAAACACUGUUAUAGCGGACCGUAAUGUUUUCUAAAUUGUCCAUAUUUUUUUUAAAGGUUUGGGGUAGCUUUGUCUGCGGUGUGAUGGUUGAGAUAUCGUAUCCAAAGUGGUGAUUUCCUAUCUCUUUGCCUGUUGUAUCAAGUAGUAGAACAUAUUUGUAUGACUUGUGAGAAACGACCUGUGAAGUAUACUAUUCCUAACACAUCAUCCUCAUCCUCCAUGCUGAAGUUGGUGAAAUCAAAGCUCAAACAUUCUAGUUUUUGUGUAAUUUUUACAAUACCUUCAACAAGUUAAUUUGAAUGACUUGUUUUAUAUGCAUCUUUCCUUUUUAAUACUUAUGUAUACUGAACAAAAAUAUAAAUGCAACAUGCAACAAUUUCAACAAUUUUACUGAGUUACAGUGAAUAUAAGGAAAUCGGUCAAUUUAAAUAAAUUCAUAAGGCCCUAAUCUAUGGAUUUCACAUGCACAGGCCCACCCACUUGGCAGCUAGGCCCACCCAAUCAGAAUUAGUUUUCUCCCACAAAAGGGCUUUAUGACAGACAGAAAUACUCCAGUUUCAUCAGCUGUCCAGGUGGCUGGUCUCAGACAAUCCUGCAGGUGAAGAAGCCAGAUGUGGAGUUCCUGAGCUGGCGUGGUUACACGUGGUCUGCGGUUAUGAGUUCGGUUUGACAUACUAUCAAAUUCUCUAAAACGAAGUUGGAGGUGGCUUAUGGUAGAGAAAUUAACACAUUUCAAACAGCUCUGGUGGACAUUCCUGCAGUCAGCAUGCCAAUUGCAUGCUCCUUCAAAACUUGAGACAUCUGUGCACAUUUUUAGAAUGGCCUUUUAAUGGUUUAAUCAGCUUAUUGAUAUGCCACACCUGUCAGGUGGAUGAAAUCUUUUGGCAAACGAGAAAUGCUCACAAACAGCAAUGUAAACAAAUUUGUGCACAAAAUAUGAGAAAUAAGCUUUUCGUGGGUAUGGAACAUUUAUGGGAUAUUUUAUUACAGAUCAUGAAACUUGGGACCAAAACUUUACAUGUUGCGUUUAUAUUUUUGUUCAGUAUAUAUGAGAAAGUAUAUGUAUCUUUAUUGAAGAGUAAUAUAUCUGGCUGUAUUUUCAAUAACAGAUGAUUUGUAAUGUACUGUGCCAUUUUCUUGACUAUCUUUAUCAAGAGAAACAGUCAGACAAAAAUGAUCAAAAUGUACAACUUUUCCACUUUCAUUAAUUCAAAUUCAUUGUCAUUCAGGACAAAAUAGAAUAUAGAAAAUACUCAUAUCUCCCUUUCA